AUGUACAUCUGCAAUCAUCACAGCAGAUGAAUCUCAAGUAAUUGGCCAAACAAAAUAUCACGAGCUAAAUAGAUAUCGGCUAUAUUUUCCAAGAAAAAAGGCAGUUGAAAUCGGAUUUCUAGGGUUCUAGACCAAAACCCAUAGCAGACCUAGCACCAAUCGGUCAAAAAGACGAAGCCACAUCCGCGCUAUUGGCUUAGUAACUCGCAAAAGCCCCAUAACAAAUCAAAGAGCAAAAGCAGCAGCCAGAAUAAUAAUUAUUAUUAUUACAAAAAGAAUCCUCACCUUGGUGAGGUUCACGUAGAAGAAUAGAGGCUUCUUGGUGUUGGAGACCUGGAUUCGGUUCUUCUUGUGCAGCUCCGUAAUCACCAGGUUGUUCACCCCCUCCAUCACCUUCUCCAUCUCCGCCACCGCCUCCUGCUACCCGGGGAACAGAUCGGGAUGACGGAUUGGAGAUGGAAGUACUUCCUUGACGAGGAUCUAGUCCCACAUCACCGUGUCCAGCACCAGCUCCUCCAUCAUCGCCUCCGAGAAUGGGGGCGCUACCUGCGCGGCGGCCGGCUUCCCCUUCUCAAGAUUUCUAGAACACGCGAGAGAGGAGAGUCCACAGGAGACGAUAAUCUGUUGUUGUCCGAUCCCAAUCCGUCGCUCCUCAUCGUCUGACGACACCGGAGGCCACCGCUGCCCAUUCCCACCAUCCGAACAUGAUCCUAUGGCCAUCAUCUUCUGAAUGACGUGGAUCAACCAACAAGCGCGCUUGGUACGCGCUUUAGUAUUAUAAGAUGGUUUACAUUAGGCACUUAAUAAAUAUAGAGAAACCUUGGGUCUCCAUAUACAUGUUCAAUGCAUCCAAGGAUAGAGAAAUAGCCAGCACAUAAUAGUUUCAGAUUGACAGCGCUAAUCAAAAUUCAUGAACACCAGUAAAUUGCUAGAAACUAGAAUCACAUGAAAUAUAUGUAUCUUGUAUGUUCGGUUCCACCAUUCUGUGUGUGUGCCCUCUAUUCAUCUUGUUGGAUAUGUAAUGAUGCCGGUUCAAUUGUAGAGAGCAGAAUAUCACUCUUGCUAAACAAAACAAAAAACUAUUAGAUAAGACCUCGGGAUAAGUUUGGAAAAUGCAGUGCUAAGUGCAAUCUAUAUUGCGCGAUAGCCUGCCGGUAGCUUGAAAUGUUUUUCUCCCCUCACCCAUCUGUGGCCAAUAUGUAUUUGGAAUGAUUUAAUUUAUGAAGUUUGCUGAAGGUUAAUGGCUUUUGGCCUUUUGCAUUAUUAUUCUUGCUCGAGCAAUUCCCCUAAUUCUGUACCAGGAUAAUCAAGUAAGUGAAAGCCUCUUUUCUCUUAUUUAACACGUCACUAGAACAUCUGGAGGACAUUUCUUAUGUGUAGUUAUCAAACACACAAAUGGGAUAAAAAAAGUGAAGCAUAGAAGGAAGAAAAAAAGAAGUUGAUGGUGACCUCAAUGUGUUUGCUUUUUCUUAUUUUUUUUGGAGAAUAUGGUAUUUGGGGUUAAUAUUUGGUAGAUUUCGUUCUCGUGUUGUAGCUGUGCUAAAAAAAUCAUAACAUGUUUUUGUUGUCUAGCGGGUGUAUAUACUAUAUUGCACACCUCCAUUUUCCAUGGUUAACUGUUUACAUUAUUGAUGAUGUGGAGAUUUAAUUGUUGAACGUUUGAAUUGGGUAGAAUAUUAAAUGAAAAUGAUCAGAUCUAUUAAAUUAGGAGAAGAUCGCUUCUUUCUAGCCAUGUUCUUCUAUUGUUUUACUUUGGAAACUAGAAUCUGUAUCCUUUGUCGACUUCCUUAAAUAGUUGGUGUUCAGUGAAGUUUUCCCUAUCGUCUAUAAAAAAUAGCUGAUCAGUAAAUCUAGAGAAGAUCAUCACUGCAAGUCAGAGUUGAUUUCUACUGGCGAUGGUUUUUGGUUGCCUGGAGUAGUAACCUUCCUCUUAUCAUUUGUGAUAUCUGUUUGGUGAUGCUAUUUGGUUAGUGGAUGAGUUAAGCUGGAACUCUGUGGAAGUGGGGUUGCGACGAGAAAAUGGCUUCUCCAUUGCACAAUUGUUGGUGCAUCCACUUUAGAUAAUGUCAAUGAAUGGAAAUGGAAACUGCACAUGCUUCUCCGGAAUGAUGAUGAGCAAGAGAUUAUCUCAAGGGAAAGAAAGGAUAGGCGAGAUUUUGAACAACUUGCCCAACUGGCUGAUCGAAUGGGCUUAUACAGCCGUCAGUAUUCUAGGAUUGUUGUGUUUAGUAAGGUUCCAUUGCCUAAUUAUAGAUCAGAUCUUGAUGACAAAAGACCUCAGAGAGAGGUAUCUAUACCUGCUGGCUUGCAAAGAGAAGUUGAUGCAUUGCUUGCAGAUUAUCGUGCACGAAAGAGAAUGAACAGUGGGAGCUUUACUAAUGCAGCCUUCUCAAGGUCAAGCAGCACAGACAGUUUUGCAACUGAUGAAGGCUUUUUUGAGCAGCAAGAUAAUCAGACUUCAACUAAUGCUGUUAUGGAGAGAAUUCAAAGAAGGAAAAGCCUACAGUUGCGCAACCAGCAGGCUGCUUGGCAGGAAUCAAGUGAAGGUCAAAGCAUGAUGGAGUUUCGCCACAGUCUUCCUUCUUAUAAAGAAAGAGAAACAUUAUUGGAAGCUGUAUCUCAGAACCAGGUUGUUGUAGUUUCAGGUGAAACAGGCUGCGGCAAGACAACACAGCUACCGCAAUACAUUUUAGAAUCUGAAAUAGAUGCUGCUCGUGGUGCUAGUUGCAGUAUUAUUUGCACUCAACCAAGGCGAAUAUCAGCUAUCUCUGUUUCCGAAAGAGUUGCUGCUGAAAGAGGCGAAAAAAUCGGUGAAUCGGUUGGGUACAAAGUUCGAUUGGAAGGGAUGAAAGGAAGGGAUACACGCCUUCUUUUCUGCACCACUGGGGUCCUGUUGCGGAGAUUGCUGGUGGAUAGAAGCCUGAAAGGUGUUACCCAUGUUAUUGUUGAUGAAAUCCAUGAGCGGGGCAUGAAUGAAGAUUUCCUACUUAUUGUCCUCAAGGAUCUUCUUCCACGCCGUCCCGAGCUAAGGCUUAUAUUGAUGAGUGCAACUCUUAAUGCUGAGCUGUUCUCUUCAUACUUUGGUGGAGCACCCAUGAUACAUAUACCUGGUUUUACAUAUCCUGUCCGGACUCAUUUUCUAGAAGAUAUCCUUGAAUCUACUGGUCACCGAUUGACUCCGUACAACCAAAUUGAUGACUAUGGUCAAGAAAAAAGUUGGAAGAUGCAAAAGCAAGCUUUAAGGAAGAGGAAGAGUCAAAUUGCUUCUGUUGUGGACGAUGCAGUUGAAGCUGCUGAUUUGAGGAACUAUAGUUCACAAACUCGUGACUCGCUAUCCUGUUGGAAUCCUGAUUCAAUUGGUUUCAAUUUAAUUGAAAAUGUAUUAUGCCAUAUUUGUCAAAAGGAAAGACCUGGUGCUGUUCUUUUAUUUAUGACUGGGUGGGAUGACAUUAAUGCACUAAAAGAGCAGCUGCAAGCAAACCCGCUGCUUGGAGAUCCUAGCAAAGUUUUGCUGCUCGCAUGUCAUGGUUCAAUGGCUAGCUCAGAGCAGAAACUAAUAUUUGAGAAGCCUGAGCCUGGAGUAAGGAAAAUAGUUAUUGCCACUAAUUUGGCUGAAACCAGUAUUACUAUCAAUGAUGUAGUGUUUGUUGUUGACUGUGGAAAAGCAAAAGAGACUUCUUAUGAUGCACUGAAUAAUACUCCCUGUUUACUUCCAACCUGGAUCUCCAAGGCUUCGGCCAGACAAAGACGGGGAAGAGCUGGCCGAGUCCAACCAGGGGAGUGCUACCAUCUUUACCCACGAUGUGUAUAUGAUGCAUUUGCUGACUACCAGUUACCAGAACUUCUGAGAACUCCUCUCCAAUCCCUCUGUUUGCAAAUAAAAAGCCUGAGGCUGGGAAGUAUAUCAGAAUUUUUAUCCAGAGCUUUGCAGUCACCAGAGUCUCUAUCGGUACAAAAUGCCAUUGAAUAUCUCAAAGUCAUUGGAGCAUUUGAUCAAAAUGAAGAGUUGACAAUUCUAGGAAAGCACUUGUCUAUGCUUCCAGUUGAGCCUAAGUUAGGCAAGAUGCUUAUUUUGGGGGCUAUUUUUAAUUGUUUGGAUCCCAUAUUAACCAUUGUUUCUGGACUUAGUGUGAGAGAUCCAUUUUUGACUCCAUUCGACAAGAAGGAUCUUGCAGAAUCAGCUAAGUUACAGUUUUCAUGCCGAGACUACAGUGAUCAUCUUGCACUUGUUCGUGCAUACGAGGGAUGGAGAGAGGCUGAAAGAGAUCGUGCUGGCUAUGACUACUGCUGGAAAAAAUUUCUUUCCAUGCAAACCUUGAAAGCCAUAGAUUCCCUUCGGAGGCAGUUUCUCUAUCUUCUGAAGGAUACUGGUUUGGUUGAUGAAAACAUGACUUUGUGCAAUAAAUGGAGUCGUGAUGAAAAUCUAGUUCGGGCAGUAAUUUGUGCAGGGCUAUAUCCAGGUGUUUCGUCUGUUGUGAACAAGGAGAAAUCAAUUUCUCUCAAGACAAUGGAAGAUGGACAGGUCAUGCUUUAUUCGAGUUCAGUUAAUGGUAAAGAAGCUAAGAUUCCAUUCCCCUGGCUAGUGUUCAAUGAGAAGGUGAAGGUGAAUUCUGUUUUUCUCCGGGAUUCAACUGCUAUAUCUGAUUCUAUAUUAUUGCUCUUCGGAGGCAACAUACAACAAGGGGGCCUGGACGGACACUUGAAAAUGCUUGGAGGUUAUCUGGAGUUCUUCAUGAAUCGUGAUCUUGCAUCGACUUAUUUGAGCCUCAAGAGUGAACUUGAGAAUUUAAUCCAUUGCAAGCUCCAAAACCCGAGGAUGGACAUUCAUACCAGUGAAGAGCUGUUAUCAGCCAUCCGUUUGCUGGUCACAGAGGACCCAUGCAGUGGUCGCUUUGUCUAUGGACGACAGGAGCCAAGAUUGAAGAAAGCAAAGACAAUGCUCUCAUCAGCCUCCAUGAGCACCGGAGGUGGGCACGGAGGGGAGAAUCCCAAGAAUCAACUCCAGACCCUUCUAACCCGGGCUGGCCAUGACAAUCCGUCCUACAAGACGAAGCAAAUCAAGAACAGCCUCUUCAGGUCUACAGUUGAGUUCAACGGCAUGCAGUUCGUCGGGCAGCCGUGCGCCAACAAGAAGCUCGCGGAGAAGGACACAGCGGGAGAGGCGUUGAACUGGCUCAUGGGAGAUGGCGUAGGAGCGCCCACUGACUCGAGGGAUGCCCGAGACUUGGAUCACAUGUCUACGCUGCUGAAACCGCCACGCAGGAGGCGGCAUAGCCAUCGUCGGAGUUGAUUAGAGGUGGCAUAUUUUUUCCAAUUUAUGUAGCAAUCGUCAAGCAUAGUAGAGCAUAGAAGCUCGCAAGAAAAAUAAUUGUAGAUUAGCACUUGGAACAUAGCAAUACUUUUUGAGGGAGAGUGCCUGGGAAUUUUAGAGCGCGGUGCAGCCUGGGCAGCGAUGUGUGAUGACGUAGCAGAGGAAAACCAGAGAGGACAGACUGUAACAUUGCAGGAAGGGUAAUCCAUUUUUCGUUGGAGAUAAUAGGAUCUAUUCAUACAAUGACUUGAAGACUUACUUGCACGAUUGUAAAACUAGAGCUAUGGAAAAACAUGGAAUUCCAGUAUUCCCAGGCGCCACAACAAUUAAGAGGGUUGAAGUAUAGUUGAAGGCUA